AUGCCUCCUAAAUUGCCUGGCUUCUAUUACGAUGAAGAAAAAGGCCGCUACUUUCGUGAAACAGCCGGCACUGGCUCACGGAAUGAUGGUCGAGAGCUGAAGAAGAGGAAGGUUGAAGAACAAAAGGUAGUCGCUGCAAAGAAUCUAAAAACGAGACGCAAGGAAAUAUACAAGCAAUAUAUAUCUGAGCUUUUUGAUCCCCUUGAACAAGAAUUUGGUAUCUCGAAUGCCUCACAUUAUAUCGAAGGACUAAAAAUCGAAGAUAGGUUUCAUGCCGAGUCAAAAUGCCACAAUACAAGGAUAGAUAGAUCUUUUGGAGUUGUUCCAUUGCACCAUGAGAUAGGUAAACAUAUCUUGUGUGAAAGCAGCUCGAAAGACAACUUCAGACUGGCCUUCACCUCUCGCAACUGUCAGGUUGAGAGUUAUGUUCACAAUUUCAGCGAAGGAAAUGAUUCUGGGAUUAUGGAGCUGGAUAAAUAUUUACCUGAAAACCUAGAAGUAAGUUUAGAUUCUUCAUCCGAAAAUUUUGGUUACAAAACAGUGAGACUGGAAGGUAGCAGCUUUGCUGCUAGAGGUUUAUACUGUCAUAUGGCUGAGAAGGAUAGCGGCCGGCACUUGUUCGUGACGGUGAAAAGAGGACAGAUACUGAGCCGCCUCAUAAGAACUGAACAAUUUGCUGCCCACCAGAAUGUGCAUGACUCUAUAGACCUGGGAGAGAUGUUCCUGGUAGCGGUUGGACCGUCGUUGGAGCUUUUCAGUUGGGAAGAGCGCGGAAGCAAAUACAAUAAAAAACUCCAAUUGUCUAAAAAGAGAUCAGAUAUACUAUGUCUGGCGUCUGGGGCUAGCGAUCUGGUCUCGAUCAAUUUAUAUGCGGGCUGUCGUGACGGCUCAAUUUACGCAAUUAAUAUGCGUCUCGUUGGAAGACCGGAAAUCGUCUCCAAGAAGUGCUUCAAAUUACCUGGUGUUCGUUCUAUACUGAGCAUGAAGACUACAGAUCUCGAAGGAAUUUUGUUUAUUUCUGCUAUAUCAAACGAUUCUCAGGUUUUGAUGAUGCUGGACAUGAUGUUAGACCCCGCUGAUUGUAUACUGGUAACGUUCAACACAUCAUUUUUCAAUAUGACAGAAGAGCAUGAAGUGUUUGAGGUCACUUCAGAUGGGAGAUUUUUGAUCUACGGUUCAACUGCCAGCCAUGAUGGACGCGGAGAUUACGAGUUGUUUUCAUCGAACCAGGCGGACAACCUUGUGCAUGAGAAGUCUGGAAACGGGAUCACAUUCUUCCCGCUUAGAACUCUCAGGAAAGAUUAUUUGAUGAGCUCCGAUCUCCAGGAACUAGGGCUGCGGUCCGUUGGUAUUGGGAAGCUUGAGACAAAUUGCUCAAACUUCUCUGGCAAUGAAGAAACUUACAAAGUUUUUAUGAUAUUACGAAGCGUUUCUAACCCCACAGCGAUGUUCUUGCCAAAUAUGGCCUUGAUGUCUACCGAUGUGAUCUAG